AUUAAACAUACCUCAAAACACGACCUAAUCUUGAGUUUUAGUUAUUACCAGGUCCACCAUUAUGUCUGUCACAUGAUGGAGCGGUUUAACAAACACUUCCUACAAAACUACAAACUACAACCCCCUUCUCUUACAUCAACUUCUUUCGCAAUAAAAUGCUCCCACAAUUUCCAAGACUUUCAGGCAAUUGCAUGCUUUCUCUCUAAUUCGCUGCGAUAAUGGGAAAUUAUAUUACGAGUCGAUCCUCCAACGCUACCGGGAAAGUAAUUCUGCCCGAUGGCACGGUUCAUGCGUUUGACAAAUCUUUAACCGUGGCAGAGCUAAUGUUAGAGUAUCCACAGCAAGUGGUGGUCGAAUUCCAACAAAAUCUUUCUGAAAAGAGGCCAGCUCCAUUGCCAGCUGACAAGAAGCUAGAAGCAAAAAAAGUGUACCUAAUCCUGCCUAUGAAAAGGGGAAAGAUUCUGCCAUUAUCGUCAGAGGAAGCUAGGCAGGUUCUUUCGGGCGCAAACUCGGUUUUAAGAUCAAGGUCUCUUCUAUCUUCAUCAAGGUUUCUGCCUCUCUUUGCUAGAAUUUGCCCUGCAGGCGUUGAAGGGGGUCACAAGUUUGUUUUGGAAAAGGACGGAUGUAUAGAGAAGAAGAGGAUGCUAGAAGAGAGAUAUGAUUCAGAGGUGUUGGCAGAGAUUUUAGAAAAUAGACCGAACUAUUUAAGCAGGCAGCUUUCAGGAAAAGGAUGGAAACCAAGCCUGGAUACUAUUAAGGAGAAGAAGGUAGAGAAAAAGGUUCGUCAUUGGUUAUUUAAUUUUGAAGUUUGAUUAAUCAGAGUUUUGUUGUCUGUGAUUUAAUGUGGUGUUUGCUAAUUGUUCUGUUGUCUGCUGUUGGAAAUUUAGAGGAAGAAGUUCUGAGAUGUUCAUGCUUAGUAGUUGUAUCCAACUGCAUACAGAAAAUACUCAAAUCAUACUUUGUAUCAGCUUCUCAACUUACUAUGAAAGUACUGUCAUGUUUAACUAA